GCCGACUGCCGUCAUGCCGUGCAUGCCUCAAUCUCAAAAUAGAAAAUAAUUUUAGAUUUCAACUGUGAUCACAUUGACCAAAUUAAUUGAAAUUAAGAUCACCUGCACCGUAAUUUAAUGUCAGUAGUUACGGAGCACAUAGUGCUCAAUAUAUAGCCAUGGGAGGCAACUUUGUGCAAGAAACCUUACAUCAAGUGAAAAAGAUGUUUUCGUGGACCUUCUUGAAGAAUUUGAUGCUCAACCCUGCACAGUUACCAUUCGUAGCAUGUCUCAUACUUGUGGCGGAGUUAAUCUUAAAUAUAUUGGUGGUAGAAAGGGUGCCAUACACUGAAAUAGACUGGAAAGCUUACAUGCAAGAAUGUGAAGGAUUUUUGAAUGGAACACUUGAUUACAGCAAACUGAGAGGUGACACUGGACCGCUCGUGUAUCCAGCAGGCUUCGUCUACAUCUAUUCGAUGCUGUACUAUAUUACCAAUCAAGGAGAAAACGUCAGGCUGGCCCAAUAUAUAUUUAUUGCUAUCUAUCUCCUUCAGCUUGUGUUUGUGCUUAGAAUUUAUAUCAAGACCAGGAAAGUUCCACCUUAUGUGCUCAUUAUAACAAUUCUUACUUCAUACCGAAUCCAUUCUAUAUUUGUUUUACGAUUAUUUAAUGAUCCAAUUGCUGUUUUGCUGCUGUAUGUGGCACUUAAUUUCUUCAUGGAAUCAAAAUGGUCUAUUGGUAGCAUAUUUUAUAGUUUAGGAGUGUCAGUUAAAAUGAACAUAUUACUGUAUGCACCUGCAUUAUUUUUCUUCUAUUUGAUUAACUUAGGUAUGAAGGACACUAUCAAACAACUAUUUAUUUGUGGCAUCAUACAACUAGCUUUAGGUUUACCCUUUUUAAUAGGUAAUCCCAUUGCAUACUUGAAGGGGAGCUUUGACUUGGGGCGUGUGUUCGAUCACCAGUGGACUGUUAAUUAUAGAUUUUUGGAUGUGGAAACCUUUGAAAACAAAUGUUUUCAUUUGACACUAUUGGCUGUUCACAUUCUGCUUUUGGUAUUAUUUAUGCCGAUGUGUGCCAAAUACUUCCAAAGUUAUUGUCGGCUGCGGUAUGUUCAGAAGCAAGUGCAGCCUCAAAUUGAUGCUAAGAAUCAGCAGGUGAAGGGAAAGUCGAAACUGAAAAAGAGUGUAAAGAUAAACCCUAGCCAGAAAGAGGAAGAAAUACUAAGUAAAGAACAAGAAGAUUUCUUGCGUUCUUUUGAGUCCUCCAUUGCCAAGCAGUCAGGAAAGGGAGUGAAAAAGUCAUCCAAAGCCCCUAAACCAGUAGAAGUUGAGCCUUCAUUCUAUAGCAUCAACUAUGAUAUUGUAUCACAACUGUUCAUUCUGCCUAUGUUUAUUGUGAACUUUAUUGGAGUAGUAUGUGCGAGGAGUCUGCAUUACCAGUUCUAUUCUUGGUAUUUCCACAGUCUGCCCUACCUGUUGUGGUCCAACAACUACUCAACUAUGGUGCGGUUCUUCAUUCUCGCUCUGAUAGAGAUGUGCUGGAACACAUACCCGAGCACCAGCUUCACCAGUGCCCUUCUCCAUGUCUGCCAUGUUGCUGUGCUCUUUGGAGUUUAUAAAAAGAUAUCAUCAGAAUUGAGAAUGGCUUCCAAAGUGGAAUAAAAAGUAACAUCAAAGUUUUAAGGAUUUUUUUUGUUAGAAGUGCUUAAUGUGUGAAGAAAUCGGAUUGUUAAUUAUUUUUUAUUGUAGUUUUUAAGUAGGUAGCAAUAAAUUAUAAGAUAAAAUGAUUGUAAGUUUUUUACAUUAAUAAAUUUUAUAGAAUUUA